AUGAGCUGUUUCAGAGAGAAGUGCUGUGGCAGGAAAACCACCGGGUGGCACGAGGCGCUGAAAGAGAGGCGUGGACAGGCUGACCACGCGAGGAGUCUGCUCCAAGCGGCGGGAGCGCGGGAGCAGAGGCCCCGCACGAGGGAGGCGCCGGCGGCCCUGCCCCUCUCGGAAGAACAGUCCCUGCCGGAUCCCGACAGACGCCUCCUCUGUCCCUCCCGUCCCGGGCGCGGCGCAGCGCAGAACGAUCCGGCAGACCCCCAGCGCAGCGUGGGCGGCCGGAGCUCGGCUCACCCGAGUCCCCCGGGGACGUCACAGCCUGAGUACGUGUGUCCCAGGCCGGGCAUCGCGGACCUGCUGCUGUCACCCUGCACGGCCCAGUCCCCUCUGCCCGCUCGAUCCCGCGUCGCAGCCGGGACCCACCGACAGCUCGCGGUCCCCCAGCCUCCCCGGACGGCCGCGGGCCGGAACCGCGGAAGCGGACAGGCGGACGCCGCAGCCAAUCAGAGCCAGGCUUCCGCGGGCCCGGCCCGCGCAGGCACAGCUGCGGACAGCGCCCCCCGGGCCGAGGCCGCGCUCUUCUUCAGCGGGAACGCGCUGCUGCCGGGCGCCGAGCCCGCCGCGCACUGCUACUGCGGCCACCAGUUCGGCCAGUUCGCUGGGCAGCUGGGCGACGGCGCCGCCAUGUACCUGGGCGAGGUGUGCACAGCGGCCGGCGAGCGCUGGGAGCUGCAGCUCAAGGGCGCCGGCCCCACGCCCUUCUCCAGACAGGCUGAUGGUCGCAAAGUGCUGCGGUCAAGCAUCCGAGAGUUCCUGUGCAGCGAAGCCAUGUUCCACCUGGGGAUCCCCACCACGAGGGCCGGGGCCUGCGUCACAUCCCAGUCCACAGUCAUUCGAGACGUGUUCUAUGAUGGUAAUCCAAAAUAUGAAAAAUGCACAGUUGUGUUGCGUAUAGCUUCCACUUUUCUAAGGUUCGGCUCCUUUGAGAUUUUUAAGUCUGCAGAUGAGCACACAGGCCGUGCAGGCCCCAGCGUGGGGAGAAAUGACAUCCGGGUGCAGAUGCUUGACUAUGUGAUUGGCAGUUUUUACCCUGAAAUCCAGGCCUCUCAUGGCAGUGACAGUGUGCAGAGGAAUGCGGCCUUCUUCCGGGAGGUGACGCGUCGCACAGCCCGGAUGGUGGCUGAGUGGCAGUGUGUCGGCUUCUGCCACGGCGUGCUCAACACAGACAACAUGAGCAUCGUGGGGCUUACCAUCGACUACGGGCCCUUCGGCUUCCUGGACCGGUACGACCCCGACCACGUGUGCAAUGCCUCCGACAGCGCUGGGCGCUAUGCAUACAGCAAGCAGCCUGAGGUGUGCAAGUGGAACCUGCAGAAGCUGGCCGAGGCCCUGGAGCCCGAGCUGCCCCGAGAGCUGGGUGAGGCCAUCCUAGCGGAGGAAUUUGAUGCUGAGUUCCGCAGGCACUACCUGCAGAAGAUGCGCAAGAAGCUGGGCCUGGUGGGGGCCGAGCGGGAGGAGGAUGGAGUGCUGGUGGCCAAGCUCCUGGAGACCAUGCAGCUGACUGGUGCUGACUUCACAAACACCUUCUACUUGCUGAGCUCCUUCCCAGUGGGGCCUGAGUCUCUGGGCCUGACCGAGUUCCUGGCUGCACUGACCACACAGUGUGCCUCCCUGGAGGAGCUGAGGCUGGCCUUCCGACCCCAGAUGGAUCCCCGGCAGCUCUCCAUGAUGCUGAUGCUGGCGCAGUCGAACCCACAGCUCUUCGCGCUCAUUGGCACCCAGGCAAACGUCACAAAGGAGCUGGAGCGUGUGGAGCAGCAGUCGCGGCUGGAGCAGCUGAGCCCGGCCGAGCUGCUGAGCAGGAACAGGGGCCACUGGGCUGAUUGGCUGCAGGAGUACAGAGCCCGGCUGGAGGAGGACAGGGAGGGUGCUGGCGACCCUGACGCCUGGCAGGCUGAGCGCGUGCACAUCAUGCAUGCCAACAACCCCAAGUACGUGCUGAGGAACUACAUCGCGCAGACUGCCAUAGAGGCUGCCGAGACUGGAGACUUCUCAGAGGUGCGGAGAGUGCUGAAGCUGCUGGAGGACCCUUACCACAGGGAGGGGGAGGCUGCUGAGGUCCCCGAGGCUGCACAGCCUGAGGGGGCUGGUGAGGGGGCCAGCAGGGCGGCCGGCAGGCGGCGCUCCUACAGCAGCAAGCCCCCACUCUGGGCUGCAGAACUGUGUGUAACAUGAUCCUCGUAACUGCCUGGGAGGCCUCCACACCAGGAGGGUCCCAAGGCCCUGAGUCCUGCUGAGUCCGUGAGGCGGUGCCCAGCAGUGGACAACCCCACACGCCCGUCUCUCCAUGACGGCAGAGAUGUCCAGUCAGGCCCUGACCUGUCUCUGUCUGACACCGACUCAGCAGCACAGCACAGCCCCAGGUCAACACGCUCCCUGUGGAAAGCUGCUUCUGCAAGAACAGGCACCCAGCAGGACCGCGCGGGGGGACAUGGCAGGCCCCAUCCACCUUUCCAGCCGGGGGGGGGGGGGGCUGGCACCGUGUGGCUCCUGGUUGUCAGGGAGACUCGGCCCCUAAAUAAACCAGCAGCUUCCUUGGCCCAUCUCUGUGUGGUCAUUCUGCCCCUGCCCUGGCCCCAGGACCUGCCCAGGAGAGAUCAGCACUGGUGGGCGGGUGGCCUGUUUCUCACGCGCCCCGUG